AUGGAAGGAAAAUCAAUUGUAAGCAGACAAGAGCCUGUGUUGCAUAUGGACACAAAUGCGCGUCGCAAUUUUAUCAAGUUCCACACAAAGUUGGGAGAGAAACCCAAUUCGACAGUGCGUUUUUAUGACCAGAGCGAUUGCUAUACAGUCCAUGGCAGUGACGACUGCGAUUUGGUGGCCAAGAUAGUGUAUAAAUCAAGCGCCUUUGUGCACCUCUUGCUGCCAGAUGAGAAGAAGGAAACCUUACAGUAUGUAGCCAUGUCCAAGGGUAAUUUUGAGCUGGCUGUGCGUGAGCUGUUACUGGUGCGUAAUUUUCGCGUGGAGGUUUAUGUGAGACGCACUGAAUGGCAGCUGGAGUAUCGCGGUUCUCCGGGCAAUUUGCUGCAAUUUGAGGAUAUAUUGUUUGCCAACAAGGAGGUGAUGGUGGGCAAUAGUAUCAUAUCGCUGCAAGUCAAGCUAGAGGGCGGCACACAGCGUCGUGUGGGCGUAACUGCUGUGGAGCAAAAUGAUUGCACUUUUCAGCUGCUGGAGUUUGUAGAUGAUGAUUUCUUUACGGAGCUGGAAGCGACAAUAGUGCUGUUGGGUCCCAAGGAGUGUCUGCUGCCAUCAGCCGAGGGAGAAUAUGCAGCUGUUAAAGCGCUUCUCGAGCGUAAUGGUGUCAUGAUUACAGUGCCUAAAAAAAGCAGCGCUUCCGAGCGUAAUGAUGUGCUGCAGGAUCUAAAUCGCUUGCUGCGUUUUGCCAAAGGACAACAAGAAGACGCCCAGGGUCUGAAAGAGUUACAAAUGCAGCUGGCUACCGAAGCUUUGCGUGUGGCCAUUAAAUAUUUGGAUUUGGUGAAUGAUGCAGGAAACUUGGGGCACUACGAGCUCAAGCAGUUGGAUCUGAAACGCUUUGUUCACUUGGACUCUGCUGCUGUGGCAGCUUUGAACAUUAUGCCCAAGCCUGGCACGCAUCCCUCGAUGCCCUCGUAUCGCUGGCAAAGUAUUUUAGGCGUGCUCGAUCAUUGCCGCACGCCGCAGGGCCAUCGUCUAAUGUCACAAUGGAUAAAGCAGCCGCUGCGGAGUUGCGAGAUUCUCAAUGAUCGGCACAACAUCGUGCAGUGUUUGCUGGAGUCACCUGAAACAUUGGAUACGCUCAGCUUGGAUUAUUUGAAGCGCAUACCAGACAUACUUAUGCUCACCAAGAAAUUAAUGCGUCGCAAGGCAACGCUUCAGGACUUAUUUCGCAUUUAUCAGGUUAUAUUGAGAACACCAAAGAUACUGCAAGUGCUGCUGAGUCUGGAGAACAGCACAGUGCAGAGCGUGCUUUGUGCGCCCUUUAAGAGCUACCUGGAAGAUCUAACUGGCUUAAAGCAGAUGGUAGAGCAGGUGGUGGACUUUGAAGCCAUUGAAAAGGGCGAGUAUUUGGUAAAGGGUACUUUCGAUAGUCGUCUGCUUGAGCUGCAGGAUACGAUGAACGAGCUGUACAGCAAAAUGGAACGGCUGCAAAGCAAAUGUAGUGAUGAGCUUGAUUUGGGUAGCAAGCAGCAGGUGAAACUGGAAAAUGUUGCCAAGCUGGGCUAUCAUUUUCGCAUAAUACUUAAGGAUGACUCGGUGCUGCGAAAAAACAAAAACUAUCGCAUUGUGGAUGUUAUCAAGGGCGGCGUGCGUUUCACCUCCGACAAGCUGGAGAGCUAUGCUGAAGAGUUUGCUAGCUGCCGCACGCGCUACGAAGAACAGCAACAAUCUAUUGUGGACGAGAUCAUACAAGUGGCUGUGGGAUAUGCGGCGCCAUUGACAUGUCUAAAUAAUGAGCUAGCUCAUCUGGAUUGCCUGGUAAGCUUUGCUACUGCAGCACAUUGCGCACCCACCCCCUAUGUCCGUCCCAAAAUGCUGCCAGAGGGUGCUGGCGAGUUGAUACUGAAGGAUGUGCGUCAUCCAUGCCUGGAACUACAGGAACAUGUUACCUUUAUAGCCAACAGUGUGGAGUUUCAAAAAGAUAAAUGCAACAUGUUUAUUAUAACCGGUCCCAACAUGGGUGGCAAGAGCACUUAUAUACGCUCCGUUGGCACAGCUGUGCUCAUGGCGCAUGUUGGUGCCUUUGUGCCUUGCAGUGAAGCUGUCAUCAGCAUGGUAGAUUCCAUUUUGGGACGUGUGGGGGCCAGUGAUAAUAUUAUUAAGGGUCUGAGCACCUUUAUGGUUGAAAUGAUUGAAACCUCUGGCAUUAUCAGAACUGCUACUGAGAAGUCUUUGGUUAUUAUUGAUGAACUGGGACGCGGCACUUCCACUUACGAGGGCUGUGGCAUAGCCUGGUCGAUUGCUGAGCAUCUGGCAAAGCAAACCAAAUGCUUUACACUCUUUGCCACACAUUUUCACGAAAUAACCAAACUAGCUGAUGCGUUGUCAACUGUCAAAAACUGUCACAUGGCCGCUAUAGCGGAUGCUGACGCCUUUACACUGCUGUAUCAAGUGCGUCCUGGAGUGAUGGAGAAAAGUUUUGGCAUUCAAGUGGCGCGCUUGGCCAACUUUCCUGAAAAUGUGGUGCAGAAUGCUCAAGAAGUGUACAAUGAGUUUGAGGAUGAGCAUGCGGAUAAGCAAACACAAGCGGAUAAAACGCUGCUGGACAAGAUACAAGUGGCCAUAGAGCAGUUGUCGACAGCGGGAAAUAAUACGGAGAUUAAUGUAGAGGAUCUAACACAGCUGGUGGCGCAAUUUGCGAAAGAUAUCAAGCAGCUGGACAGCGAUUACUUCAAGUCUGUGCUUACCAGCAGCGAGGCUUAGGUGAACCCACGCCUCACAAUCCUUUGAAGAAGCUAACAAAUAAAUAAGGAUUUUUAAGCAGCAUCACUUUAGCUAUUAAUUAAAA